CGCGCGUCUACGCGUGUUCUCCCUCUCUCGUUCUCGUCCCUGCGCACAAAGACCGGCGCCUACUACAACCCUCGUGGUGGGCGCCUCGUGGACCAUCGCUUUUGCCUUCUACGAUACGGCCCUGAGAAUAAGCCAGUCGCAGUUAUACGCGCGCCCUUCCGUACCGUUCUUUGUCCCCAUUCUUUCUUUUUCCCUUGCCGAGUUGCUACGUUUCAAGAAGCUCCUUUCGCGACCGUGUCGCUCGCGUGCCUUACCACCAAAAGAAAAAAAAAAGAAAAAAAAACGACUGCGAAACGACUUUCUUUUAAUCCUCUCUUUUUCAUCCUUCUCCUAACUUUGCUAUUAUUCACACGUGCGCGAGUUCGCUUUCGAUGAUGACAUAAGAGUCUUUCUCGGCCUUGCGAAAUAACGAUGGUGUAUUUCUGGCGAUCGCGCGGACACGUGCUCUUACUUGUGCGUUCCAUCUAGCCGGAUGUUUCGAAGCUCUUUUCGCAAAACCAGUUGCAUCGUCACGAGUGUUUUGUUUACGCGCUUUCAUAAGAAAAAGGGUGGGGAGAGAGAAAGAGAGAGAGAGAGAGAGAGAGAGAGAGAGAGAGAGAGAACGAGCAGCGUAAGUGUGUGUGCCUUUCGCGUGAUUCUGCGCAGUGUCGAAUCGUAAGCCGGUCAGAAAUUAUAAGCUAAGCACGUUCUCGACUCCGAGUCGUUCUUAGUUUCGAAAGGGAAAGGAUAAAGGAUUAACAGUGUUCCUUCUUGCCGAUUUUGCGAAAAGUUCCAAAAGUUUUUUGGUGUUCCAUUACGAUUUCAAACGUGUGAAAAAGUGUGGUCGUUGCCGAGUGGAGAAAUAGCAAUCCGUUCGACGAAUUAAUCGAUCGACGGAUCAUCCAGAAUAAGUUUUUUCGUUCUCAGAAGAAGCAAGAUGGUCGACUUCAUCAGCUAUCCGGAGAUUUCCUAUCUCUACGAUGAACUUCUCAUGAUGAACCGUCCUAUUCAAGUGAAGCCGGCGGACAGUGAAAACCGCGGAGACAGAAAGCUGUUCGUGGGAAUGCUCAGCAAGCAACAGACUGAAGACGAUGUCCGACAAUUGUUCGCUGCCUUCGGCACAAUAGAGGAGUGUACCAUCCUCCGUGGUCCAGACGGUAGCAGCAAAGGCUGCGCAUUCGUUAAGCUGUCGUCGCAUCAAGAAGCACUAGCGGCGAUAAAUUCUCUACACGGUAGCCAAACUAUGCCGGGUGCGUCAUCCAGCGUAGUGGUAAAGUUCGCGGACACUGAGAAAGAGAGACAACUAAGACGCAUGCAGCAAAUGGCCGGGAACAUGAGCCUCCUUAACCCUUUUGUCUUCAAUCAGUUUGGCGCCUAUGGCGCUUACGCCCAGCAACAAGCAGCGCUGAUGGCAGCUGCUACGGCACAGGGAACAUAUAUCAGUCCAAUGGCCGCUCUAGCCGCUGGACAAUUACCACACGCUCUGAACGGCAUGCCAAAUCCCGUCGUACCACCGACUUCUGGUUCCACAGGACAGCCAGUUAACGGAGCGAUACCGUCGUUACCCUCGCCGACGAUGCCCAAUUUCAACAUGGCCGCCCAAACACCGAACGGUCAACCAGCAGGUUCGGAUCCAGGUGUCUAUACCAACGGGAUACCGCAAACCUACUCGGGACAUGCCCUCCAUUUGUCGAUUCCAGCACAGGGGCUGCCCAAUGGGGAGGCGGCACUUCAACAUGCCGCCUCUUAUCCCGGAAUGCAAGCUUAUCCUCCUGGUGUCGCUUAUCCCGCCGUCUACAGCCAAUUUCCCCAAGCUAUCCCUCAGCCGAUGACCGCCGCUGUGGCACCUACGCAAAGGGAAGGAUGCUCUAUCUCAGGACCCGAGGGCUGCAACCUGUUCAUCUACCACCUGCCACAGGAGUUCGGUGACACCGAGCUCAUGCAGAUGUUCAUGCCCUUCGGCAACGUCAUCUCCUCGAAGGUCUUCAUCGACCGGGCCACUAACCAGAGCAAAUGCUUCGGUAAGUGCGUCAUUUCCACGAAAGACAGUGAAAACGUGGCCUUGUUGACUGAAGGGAAGAGACAGAAAGAAGACCGUUUCGUGUCGUUCGACAAUCAAGCGAGCGCGCAAGCAGCGAUCCACGCGAUGAACGGAUUUCAGAUAGGAAUGAAACGGUUAAAGGUACAACUUAAGAGGCCCAAGGAUUCUAGCAAGCCAUACUAACCCACGUCCUAGCGUAGAAAAACUGGACGGAUUGCGCCCUACGUCAUAACUUACAGAAUGUCGUACGAGAACGCGAGCCCUUUGGAAGCUCGACGAUCAGGAGUGACGAGUUUGAAUCACCGCUACAGCGCUCCUCUCCAUCAGCGACAACAAAGCGGAAGAGCGAGGGAAAGAGGCGAGAGAGGCGGGACCGAUUUGCACGACGGACCGGAAUUUUGGGAACGAUGAAAGCGCGAACGCGUGACAUGCCAUUUUUGAAUUAUUAUUUUCAUAAGGAACAUGUAAUAUAAUAUUAAUAAUGUAUAUCGAUAUGACGAAUUAACAGCAUCAUCGCGAGCUAUGAUCUCACACGAUACUCACAGCGCGCGCACACGCACACAAUCACAAACACACGCACACAUACUGACAGACAGACAGCAGAGACAGACAAAGGCACACGCAUCAUGUACACGUGCGCGACGAUGAUGAUGAUUAAUAUUAUUAUUAUUACAAUUAUUAUGGUUAUCGAUUAUAAUUAUUAUUAUAAACAAGAAAAAAAAGAUACUAAAAUACAUUAUAUAAAAUAAAGAUAAUUAAUCCUUACGUUAGGAGGCUAAACGCAUACUACAACGUGUUUGAAGUAUAAAUAAAGCAAAAAAAAGCGAAGAAAAGGAAUUUACAUUAAGAGACACACUUUGGAAUUAACAUGCAUACACACACACACACACGUCCACGUCCACGUCCACAUCCACGUACACGUGACACGCGCACCAAGAAGAAGUCCUGGGUGACAUAAAUCAACGUCGUACAUUUAUACUAUAUCAAGACUAGGACACGGUGAAAUAUAUAAAAUGUAGAGAAUUUUUGAACGUACCUCGUGGGAACCUGAAUUUCGUCGAGGAUCGUGUGACGAUAUCAUGACGAAACUUUGAAGCUAAUUUCUGUCGUCUCGUUCCAAGCGCAAGUUUAUGCGAGAGUCGAAAGGAUGGAGGAAGUCAGUGGAUUCGCGAACGUGGAUUCAAAAAAAAAAAACUCAUUAGGACUUUCUGUCUCUGUACACUUGGAUAAAGAAGCAAAAAAAAAGGACGAAUCGUUGGAUGUGAUAUAGGAACGAUAACUCUAAUGAAAUCGUUGUCACGUAUCGAUAAACGAAGGAAGGUUCCCCGACGUUCGUAUUUUCGCGCCACAGACGUGUUCCCGUAUUCGGACAUUGUUUGGGUUCGUCUUUUUCGUUUUCGUUCUUUCUUAUGUAUAAUAUACGCCGAGCCGAAAAAAAGUUCUCUGUACGACGUAUCUUAUCCCACUUGGAGCUCGCAUACAGACUACAUAAAAAGAAAAAAAAAAAAAACAAAAAAAAAAGAAAAAAAAAUCUAGCUAUUACGGACAUGGCCACUAGCAGAGAAAAAAAAUGUACCAUUCAGAUAGUUUAUUAUUAAAGAAACGGUAAUCAUUAUAGGUAUAUUAACGACAUUAUUUAUAUUAUUACGCAUAUUAUAUAAAUAAUUAAUAAACGAGAUACUAACCUUAGGGUGAAGUAUUCGCAAAUGGAAGAAUUUUGGAAAAGGCCGCGUUCAAAAGGAAGAAUUUUGUGGCGCGGCGGGGCGACGUGCCAUUCUAUUGGAAAUGGCAUUAUCGACGAGAAUAAAAAAAAAAAAAGAAAAAAAAAAUAAAUUAAAAGAAAAGAAAAGAAAAGAAAAGAAAAAAAAAAAUAAAUCGCCAAUUACUUUAACUUUGACAGUACUAUUAUUUAUUUGUAUAUGCCGAACGAUUAUGCCGUUUUCAGCGCGACAUAUUUUGGCGAUUCUCUUUGCUGGUAUAAAGAUUCAUAUGGUGGUCGCGUUCCAGGGUUUAAAAACGGACAACUAUAAUAACGGGAGAAAGAGAGAAUGAGAGAUAGAGACAAUUAAAAAGAAAAAAAAAAA